AGAUCAAGGAUGUCGUGAGGCUGUCAUCCAUCGAAGUGGGAAAACCCUAUGGAAGUCUGCAGCGCCUUUGUCACUGCAAAAAGGAGACCAUGGCCCUAGCAUCGUGGUUCAGGUGGAACGAGCCCUACUACAGGCACACCCAGAGGAGCCCUGCAGACACAGUGUCCGAGAUGCUGAUGAUGGAGCUCAACUGGCAGAUCAAACAGGCUGAGAAGCUGCAGCGGGAGCGAGACAUCGAGUACCGCAGGAUCAAAACUGGAGUCGAUUACAGCUGGCUGGUCAGCUAUUCCAAGAACACUUAUGACAUCCCACCAGGGGAGAGACUGGAGCUAGAGAAUGCCUGUGCCAAAAUACACCCCUCUUACUGUGGCCCAGUGAUACUCAGGUUCCGGCAACUUGUGACAGAGUAUGAGCCUGAAGUCCAGGAGGUGUCACAGCUCUUCCAUACCGUUCUUCAGGAUUCUAUUGAAAAGCUCAAGGAGGAGGAAGAGGUUAAGAGGCUGACCAGGCAGUGGAACAGUAAGCGGUCAAUGAGCCUGUCCUUAAUGACCUUCAAAUCCAAAGUGAGGAUAUACCCUUUCAGCAGUGACAUCAUCAAGACAGUUUCUGAGGAUGUGGAGAAGGGUACAAGUGAGGUGAACAAGAGUGUAUGGAGCAUGCCGGAAUUUACGCACUCAAAGGGGUUUUGAUGGGCAUGGGCAUAUCUCCUUUAUGGCAUACUUGCUUCACCUACCUCUCUGUAUCUUUAAUACUUUGUCCAGUACCUUAAAAAUAUAUUUUGUCUAUAUGAUCAUCUUCUUAAGAACCACUUGGUGUUAAAUGGUGACUAAAGCCAUAGUGGUUAGACAAGGAAAUUAGUAAAAGCAUUGAUUGGUUUGAUCUAUGCUUUACUAUUUAUUUACAGUGAUUUACAAUGGUCUUUCAAUGUUUAACCCCAGUUAUUUGUGUUUACCUUGUCUGUUUUUUCAUGUAAUACUACAGUGAACUACUAUAGUAAUGAAAAUGUUGCUAAAGCUAAUGAUAGACUUUUUAAAGCAGUCAUUAGAAGGAGUUGAAAGUCUGACUUUAAGAAGUGGUCUUUUGCUAUAAUAUCAACCUCGGAGUGAACAGAGCUCAGAACUAAAUCAGGUAAAACCUAUUUAUCCAAAGAGAAUAUUAGGGCUUUAUAAACCUUUUUAUUUAAUAAUGUAUUAUGUAUUUAUUUAUUUGUAAUGUGAUAGAAAAGUAAUGGCGUUAAUAGAUACUGGCUUGUGAAUCAGGUAUACAUUAAUGACAAGCAGAUAACAAUCCCUUGCGUUAAUGAGGAGGCAGAAAGUGUGAUCAAUUUAUGUAUUUUGUUUUUAGAAUGUUCUUUUUAAAUAAUCUACAUUUCUAGGUCCUUACAAUCUCAAUGCCAGACAUUUCACAAUUUUGUAUUUAAACAUGAAGCACAUUUUUUUGUUGCCUGGUUAAAGAUGUUUAUGGUUAAAAAGUAUGGUUGGCCAUGCUC